GCCCUCCCCCUCACCAAAGCACAGCACAUACAUGGCGAUGGUGUGUGUGGAGGCGUUGGAGGGGGGCUACAGCUACAGCUACAAAAGAAAAGGGGAAAAAAGAAGGAGCUGAAAAGGAAAAGGCAGAGCUCCUCUCCCCCUCCCCCGUCCCUUUUCUCCCCUCCCAAUUCAUCACAGGAUUCACUCCCCAGCUGGGUGUUUCUUUCUUUUCUCCCCUUCCUUCCUUCCUAGCAGCAGGCAGAGCCAGCCAGUGGUGUGGUGGUGCCCCCUUGCUCUGAUCCAAGCCUUUCGCUCAAAGCCCCCGGCUUUUGCCGAUUGUUUGGUCACUUCAAGAAUCUCGGAAUAUGUUCUUGCUCCUGCCGCCGCCCCUGCUCUGAUCCGCCCCUCCCUCCUUCGAGCCAAGCCAGGCCAGCCCAGGCCCCUGUCGCGCUCUCUCUCUUUCUUUCUCCGGCGGCAUUUGGGUUCUCUGCAAGGAAAGGAUUCUGGCGGCCUGGUUUUGGCCGUGAUUGGGAUCCAAUUUUGGGGGCGGGUUCGCCGUGGUGUGGAGCCAGGUUCCUUACUUCCUUUCUUGGCGAGGCAGGAAUUUGGGAUGAUUUCUCGGGUUCUUGAAGGCGGGGAGACUCUCUGACGACCCGCCCCGGCGCCGUUUCUGGGGGAAAUUCUGCGCGGUUUCUGCGGAAUUUGCGUCGAUUCGGGGCCGUUGAGCUCGGUUCUUGAUCCGCGGGCUCCAUGGGUCUCUGUCAUGGAAAGCCCUCGCGAAUCCCGGAGCCCAAGGCGGAGGAGGAGCCGCGCGUGGCCUCCUCCGGCGCCCGCGAUGCCGCCGGUGGGGUGGCCGCCUCGCCGGCGCAGGCGGCCGCGGCGAAGCCGGGCACGCCGAAGCAGCCCAAGUUCCCCUUCUACCUGCCGAGCCCGCUCCCGGCGUCCAGCUACAAGGGCUCGCCGGCCAACUCGAGCGUGGCGUCCACGCCGGCGCGCGGCGGGUUCAAGCGGCCCUUCCCGCCGCCGUCGCCGGCCAAGCACAUCCGCGCGCUCCUGGCGCGGCGGCACGGCUCCGUAAAGCCCAACGAGGCGUCCAUCCCCGAGGGCGGCGAGCCGGAGCUGGGCCUCGACAAGAGCUUCGGCUUCUCCAAGCACUUCUUCGCCAAGUACGAGCUCGGCGAGGAGGUCGGCCGCGGCCACUUCGGCUACACCUGCGCCGCCAAGGCCAAGAAGGGCGAGCACAAGGGCCAGGACGUCGCCGUCAAGGUCAUCCCCAAGGCCAAGAUGACAACAGCCAUAGCAAUUGAAGAUGUCAGAAGAGAAGUGAGGAUAUUGAGCUCUCUGACAGGCCACAGCAACCUAGUGCAGUUCUAUGAUGCUUUUGAAGAUGAAGACAACGUGUAUAUAGUUAUGGAAUUGUGUAAAGGAGGCGAACUACUUGAUAAGAUAUUGGCGAGAGGUGGAAAGUAUUCUGAAGAGGAUGCAAAGGUUGUUAUGCUGCAAAUUUUGAGUGUAGUAUCAUUUUGCCAUCUUCAAGGUGUUGUUCAUCGGGAUCUGAAACCAGAGAAUUUUCUAUUCUCAUCGAAGGAGGAAAACUCACCCUUGAAGGUCAUAGACUUUGGCUUGUCUGACUUUGUAAAGCCAGAUGAAAGACUCAACGACAUUGUUGGAAGUGCAUAUUAUGUUGCUCCCGAGGUGCUUCAUCGAUCUUAUGGCACGGAGGGAGAUAUGUGGAGCAUUGGAGUAAUUGCCUACAUUUUGCUUUGUGGGAGUCGACCUUUCUGGGCACGCACAGAAUCAGGAAUAUUCCGAGCUGUCCUUAAGGCGGAACCAAGUUUUGACGAGGCCCCAUGGCCUACUCUCUCUGCUGAAGCCAAAGACUUUGUAAAAAGGUUGCUUAAUAAGGAUUAUCGCAAGAGGAUGACUGCCUCACAAGCUCUCAGUCACCCAUGGAUCCGUGAUGCACAACAAGUCAAAAUUCCUUUAGAUAUGAUAAUCUACAAGCUUAUCCGAGCUUAUAUCAGUUCAUCUUCAUUGCGGAAGUCUGCUUUGAGGGCCCUAGCUAAGACAUUGACAGCAAAUCAACUCUUUUAUCUAAAAGAGCAGUUUGAAUUGUUGGGUCCAAACAAGAGUGGUUUUAUCUCGUUGCAAAAUUUGAAAUCGGCUCUGGUGAAGAAUUCGACGGAUGCAAUGAAGGAUUCCAGGGUUAUUGACUUUGUUAACACGGUAUGCACCCUUCAGUACAGAAAAUUGGAUUUCGAAGAGUUUGCGGCUUCCGCCAUCAGCGUAUAUCAGAUGGAAGCUCUGGAGACCUGGGAACAGCACGCUCGGCGCGCGUAUGAGCUGUUUGACAAGGAGGGCAACCGGCCUAUCGUGAUCGAAGAACUUGCGUCGGAACUCGGCCUCGGCCCGUCGGUGCCCCUCCACGUCGUCCUCCAGGACUGGAUCAGGCACGCCGACGGGAAGCUCAGCUUCCUCGGGUUCAUAAAGCUCUUGCACGGAGUUUCUUCCCGGUCGAUCCCGAAAGCCUGAGACGGAAAACAAGCAUUAUUAUUGUUGCAUCAAACCUAGGAGAUGACUGAUGGCUAAGCCAGUGCCAAUCUCUCGCUGGUGUCUGUGUGCGUGGACGACGACUGUUUGAGGUGGCUGGAGCAGGACGAUGGCUUGCGACCACGACCGUAACGGAAGGGAAGCCGACAGUCUUUGUGUAAGAGGUAAGAAGAUAAAAAGAAGGUUGUUGCUUAAUGCUUAUGACUACUACAGUAGUAGCUAUUAGUGCUUGCUUGUAC